AUGUCAUUCAAAUUGCCAAUUGUCGAUCUAUCUCAGACUCAAAGUAAUCGUGAAUCAUUAGCCAAGGUGAUAGUGGACGCUCUUGAGAACACGGGAUUCCUGUUUAUAGACAACGUUGAAGGACUGGAUUUUGACCUCUGGUACAAAUGUUGUGAAUGGUUCUUCCAGCAGCCUGAGGAAUCAAAGAAAAAACUACUUCGGAACUUUUGGAACCCAGAAAGCAAGAAUGUUUACCGUGGCUAUUUCCCCGUUUUACCGAACGAACCAAGCAGAAAAGAAGGAUUUGAGUUUGCGCGUGACGUGCCUCCGAAUGAUCCUACCGUCAGCCCUAACAACUGGUUCUACGAGAAUUCUGUAUGGCCCGAGGAAGAUGGAUCAUUUCCAUUCAAGGCCAACAUGAGGGCACUCUAUGAGAAGCUCCACGAAACUGCGUUAGAAAUUUUGCGGCUCACGGCCAUCGGACUGGGAAUAGAAGAGGAUAGUUUUACCCCUUUGUUCUCUGAUAAGCCUUGCACGACUUUUCGAAUAAUGCAUUAUCCGCCUUGGGAAGGAUCUCCACCUGAAAAGGCCCAGAUCGAGAACGGUAAAGUUGUGAUUACCCCAGAACAUACAGAUACUAAUUUUCUUACUCUUCUGGCCACGUUUCAUUACAAAGGACUCGAAGUCAAGAUGCCAGAUGGCUCCUGGGCGGAAGUCGCUCCUCGUCCGAAGAGUCUUGUUAUGAACAUAGGAGACACGUUCUCCAGAAUGAUGGGUGGGAGGCUAAAGGCUACUGCACAUCGCGUCAUAGACAUCGGAAUAGACCGGUAUACUUCUCCGUUUUUCUUCACGCCCAGAUAUGACGCCGACAUUGGCGUGAACUUCAUGUCCAAGGCGACGGGACAGGGUCCUGACCAUGUGUUUGAAAAAUAUGGUCCUUGGGUAUUGAAUAUUAUCAAAAAUGUCAAGAAAUACUUCGAAUAUCGUGUUUUACCGGAUAUUGAUUGA